GCAACGCGGUCCGCAUCUCUACAUACAAAAAAAAAGAGACCGAGUUCCAUGCCGUCUUCAGCAUCGUCUCAACAGCACACGACGAUUUCACCUCUGACAACAUUUCUCAUCCUCUGCGGUUUCCUCCUCGCUCUAUUCCCCAGCCUUUUCGUCGCCGUCACUUGGGCGCCAUAUCAUUACCUCUUUCCGUCCGUGAAGGAAACAACACCCUCCAGCGUCUACUGCAGCGCGCCGAAUAUCUGCACUGCACCGCAGCAACCCAGCAUGUCUUGGUUCCAAAAGCAAUUCACGCUCCCCUCCAAGUCGCGGGGCUCAUACCUCAUAACCGACACGAUCGUGCGGGAACUCCCGGAGCUCAAAGACUACAAAGUCGGGAUCCUGCACCUCUUCAUCCAGCACACGUCGUGCGCGCUGUCGCUGAACGAGAACUGGGACACCGACGUGCGCGCGGAUAUGAGUGACGCGCUCGACAGGAUCGUACCCGAGGACCACAAGGGCGGAGUGUAUAGGCAUGACGCUGAGGGCCCGGAUGAUAUGCCUGCGCAUGUGAAGAGUGCGUUGGUGGGCGCGAGUGUCACGGUGCCGAUUACGAAUGGGAGGUUGGCGACGGGGACGUGGCAGGGGAUUUGGUACUUGGAGUUUAGGGCUGCGAGGCAUAGUAGGAGGGUUGUGGCGACGAUUCAGGGGGAGAAGAAUUGACUUGAUGGGUCGGGGAAGCAACUGGCAGGGGCGGUUUUAUAGAAGGGUGUUGUUGGGUCAUGAGAGUGUCACUCCAGAAAUCAAAAUGGUCAAAGUCACCAGGAUCAAGUAUUUUGAGGAGAAGAAGAGAAGAGAGAAGUAAUACAUCUGAAUGUCGGCCAUUCCAUCCCUAUUGAGUAAAGAAAAUGGAGACCGUCCUGUAACGCCUUGGAUGACGCCCGCAUGUCGUUCGUAAAACCAUUUCAUCAGAUUAACCACGUAUGAACUCC